AUGAUGAAUGCAGCGCAGCACGACGCUAUCGUCGUAGUCGAUUUCGGUUCCCAAUACACCCAUCUAAUCGCGCGGCGGAUUCGCGAGUUGCGCGUGUAUUCUGAGAUCGUUCCUGCGACCGCCAGUUGGGAAACCGUUCAGCUAAUAAAUCCCCGGGGUAUCAUUCUGUCCGGGGGACCGGCCAGCGUCUACGACGUUGGAGCCCCGGAAAUUGCGGACUGGAUAAUCGACUCGGGGAUACCGGUGCUGGGCAUUUGCUACGGAAUGCAGGCGCUGGUGCACAAGUUGGGCGGAGAAGUCGUUGCCGGCGACCAGCGGGAAUACGGCCAUGCCGACCUCUCGAUAGCAGCAGACGAUGAUGGCCUGCUGUCCGGGCUGUCUGGCUCCAUUCCGGUUUGGAUGAGCCACGGCGACAAGGUGGAGCGGCUACCGGGUAACCUGCGCACUGUCGGCCACACCAACAACACAUCCUGCGCCGCGUUUACCGACGGCGAAAGAUGGUUUGGGUUGCAGUUCCAUCCUGAAGUCCAGCACACCCCGGACGGGAUGUCCAUUCUGGCCAAUUUCGUUAAAAAGAUUUGCGGCUGCCCGGGAAACUGGACCCCAGGAAAUUUCGUCACCGACACCGUAAAGCGCAUCCAGGAACAGGUGGGAUCGGAUCGCGUGAUCUGCGCCCUCAGCGGCGGCGUCGAUUCAUCGGUGGCGGCAAUGCUGUUGCACCGGGCAAUCGGCUCCCAAUUGACCUGCAUCUUCGUCAACAAUGGAUUGCUGCGCCACGGCGAAGCCGAACAGGUGCAGGAGACUUUCCACCGCAACCUUGGCCUGGAUCUGCGCUACGUGGAUGCAGAGGACCGGUUCGUCAAUCGCCUGGCCGGGGUCACGGACCCGGAGGUGAAGCGUAAAACCAUCGGCGAGGAGUUUAUCCGGGUAUUCGAAGACGCGGCGGGCGAACUCGACGACGCCAAUUGGCUGGCCCAGGGAACCCUUUACCCCGACGUGAUAGAAAGUGAAACGCCCGAAAACCGGACUUCCGCCCGCAUCAAAACUCAUCACAACGUGGGGGGCUUGCCCGAGGACAUGAAUUUUGAGCUGGUAGAACCGCUGCGUUACCUGUUCAAGGACGAAGUUCGUUCAGUCGGUCUGGAACUGGGUCUCCCGGAAGAUAUCGUAUAUCGGCAGCCGUUCCCGGGCCCCGGACUCGCGAUACGCAUCAUCGGAGAAGUUACCCGCGAGCGCUUGGACCUGCUGAGGGACUGCGACCGCAUCGUGCUGGAAGAAAUACGCCAGGCGGGGAUGUACCGCGACAUCUGGCAAAGUUUCGCCGUGCUGACCGACAAUCGAACCGUGGGCGUGAUGGGCGAUUACAGAACCUAUGGUUACGCGUGCGCGAUACGGGCCGUAAACUCUGACGACGCCAUGACUGCCGACUGGGUACGCCUGCCCUACGAGGUUCUCGCCGAGAUCAGCACUCGAAUCGUGAACGAAGUACCGGGGGUGAAUCGCGUGGUGUACGACAUUACCAGCAAGCCACCUGGCACCAUAGAAUGGGAGUGA